AUGCCGAGCACCGAAGGCGAGAAAGAAGUGGGUAACGUGAAUUUGAUCAGAGUAUCAGCGAAACUUCCACCCUUUUGGAAUGCGAAUCCUGAAAUAUGGUUCGCUCAGGUGGAGGCGCAAUUCAUCGUUGCUGGUAUCACGAUUGAUGACACUAAAUUCAACCAUGUCAUUGGGAAUAUCGAUGGCAAAAUUCUUGCACGGGUAAGUGAUGUGGUAGUAGCACCACCAGCGACUGAUAAAUACUCUGCGUUAAAAGCAGCAAUUCUGGCUGCGGAUUCACAGCAAAAGAAAUCCAGCAAGUUAUUAGCAGAAGUCGAGCUAGGAGACAGGAAGCCUUCGGAAUUACUAAACGAAAUGAGGAUAUUGGCUGACAACAAAGUCACAGAUGAUUUUCUACGCACACUAUGGUCAUGCUGCUUACCAUCUAAUGUAAGCGCUAUUCUUUCAACGAGCGAUGCAGAUCUUACCGGGUUGGCUAGAAUGGUUGACAAGAUCAUGGAAGUUGCCGAUUUUUCCAAUCGCAUUUCAGCUGUUUCGUCAUGCGACACGAGUCCAAGUACGCUGGAGGGAGGAAUUAAUAUUAUUGAAAAGACUUUCGCAAAGCUAAGUGAACAAAUUAAAAGCAUAUCGCUUAAAAUAAAUACAAAUCAUUCUCGUUCGCGUUCACGCUCUCGUGCUUUAGCUGAAGCUAAUGCAGAACCAGGCAAAUGUUGGUAUCACAGGAAAUUUGCUGAUAAGGCAAAUCGUUGCAUCGCACCCUGUACAUUCAACACCACCUCAAAAAACGACUAG